AUGUCGGGACUCCUCUGGAUUCUGGGAAUUUGCACCUUCGUUCAGUAUGGAUUCUCUGCUGUACUUCACAAAAAGCCCCGAGACAUGACCAUCAGAGACUGCUCCACCACGCCUCCGUACAUUCCGCCCGCUGUGAAAAAUUCCACCGAAGGGCUCAACAGACUCCGCCAAGAGAUGCGAAGCCACAACAUCAGUGCAUACAUCAUCCCAUCAACCGACCCCCACCUGGGGGAAUACAUCGCCGACCGGGAAAAAACGAAGGCAGUGGAUGACCGGCUUCACUGGAUCUGCAGGGGAUGCGGUGGUCACAAUGACAAGAGCAGCCUUGUUCACCGACAGUCGUUACUGGACCCAGGCCGAGCGUCAGAUGGACUGCAAUUGGGAGUUGCAAAAAUCCGCGUCAGUUUCUGCCAUGGUGUCCUGGAUUCUGCAAGAGGGGAAAUCUGGAGAUAAGAUUGGCUUUGAUCCCUUUCUCUGGUCUAUUAAUGAAUGGGAGUCAUACAACACUGUGUUUGAAGAAUCUGGAAGGAUUCUGCGCUCUGUACCUGUCAAUCUAGUGGAUACGGUGUGGGGGAGUCAGCGCCCCCCUCUGCCUGAUAAUGAAAUCUAUGCAAUCCCUGAGGAAUUUCUAGGGAACAGCUGGCAGGAAAAGGUCAAUAAAAUUCGGAAUCAGAUGGAAGAACAUUCCCAGAAGCCGACUUCGCUGCUGCUCUCCGCUCUGGAGGAAACCGCG